AUGGGUAACACCGGUAACAACGGUUACGAAACGAACCUUCGUGAGAACGCGACGCGCCUAAUCCGUGUGAGUUCCGUUGGCUUAACCACCGAGGACGACGUUAGAUUUCCAUGCGAUUUAGGAAUUUCAUUCUAUGCUAAAAUCAACUACGUGGUGAAGUCGAUGUCACAGUUCUCUCGUCCUUCUUUGGCGGCUGCGCUUCUGGUCGCCAUCGCUCUACUGCCUUCUUUCGCCGCUUUCCAAGACACAAAUUCAAUAAGCCAUCAGCCUUCUGUAUCAGAACACGCGCCUAUUCUACAGAUUUCUUCACGGGAGGGUUACAUUCCCGAGACGGCCGUUAUAGGCACAACAGUACGAGUAUCGCCGAAUACGCAGUCGGAAUCGCUGCAAAUUCUUGUCAUUGACGAUGACCUGCGUCCCGGGAUGCCUCCUGCCACGUAUCAAUAUAUUCUCACUGGUCCUGGUGCUACCAUAUUUGCAGUUGACCAAAGAGGUUACCUUUACCUGAAUGUACCCAGCAUAGACGCAGAUCCUCCGAAUCCAUCUUCCUACCGGUUAAACGUGCAAGCUCGAGAAGUUGACACCAUCCCAAUAAGGAGCAGUGAACCGGUCACCAUCGUCAUCAAUGUUCUGGAUACUAAUGACAAUUCACCGCAAUUUGAACAACCUAUCUAUACUGUGAAUGUAACGACAUUUGGCGAUGAUCGACCUGUAGCAAAGGUUGUUGCUAGCGAUGCGGACUCUGGAAACUAUGGAGAGAUCACUUAUCGAAUAAAGCAGGUGACAAACGGAGGCGAAGGCAAAUUUCGUUAUGACGACUCGACGAACACUUUGUACGCGACUGGAGAUCUCACACCGGGAGAGCGUUAUCAGGUGGUCAUAGAAGCGAAAGACGGUGGUGGCAAGUCAUCGCAGGCGAUUGUGAUCGUGUUGGCCACACAUACGAUGUUUAGCCUUGCGAGUAUAGCUCCACUGCCGGGUAUGGAGACGUUUGUCCCGAAUCCUGCCGCUUUUAUGACAACACCGGGACCAUCGUCUAGUGCGGAACAAGAAGAGACAAUUCAAACAUUCGUCACUGAAGUCGCCGAAAACACUCCAACGAAUACUGUAGUCGUAUCGCUCGGGGGCGAUCUGGUAAAUGAAGACGUUUACUACGUGAUAGCUGGUGGAAAUACUGAAGAAAAAUUCACUAUUAAUGCGAAGACUGGUACCAUAACUACCGUCGGCGAAUUUGAUCGUGAACGUACCGCUAUGUAUUCGCUACAAAUCGACACUCGAAGCCGGAAUCCUGAUCAGCAUUUGUAUUGGUCACUUGUGCAGAUCAGCGUAUUGGAUGUUAAUGACAAUUCCCCCCAUUUUGUUGGCCCACAACCAAUUCGCCUUCGCCUGAGUGUGGAUGAUCUCGAUCAGCUUACUGCGAAUAUGGUUAUUGGCAAAGUUGCUGUAGAGGAUCCGGAUGCAGACGACAAUGGACGACUUGAGUUAAGAGUCGCACCAGACAUGAACAGAUUGUUUACCGUCUCUCACGACGGUGUCAUCUCAAUCAAUGGUGAUUUCACUGCCGCUCAUUUUGGCGAACAUCGAAUGUUCAUAAUCGCUAGAGAUCAUGGCGAUCCACCACGAGAAGCGAAAGCCGAAGUGAUUGUGAGCGUCUACGGCACUCUGAUCACAAUGGCUACGGAACCACCUACGAGCGAAACGUUCGAAUACACGAAUUCUGCCGAAGAAGAGACACCCACUCAGCCAGAUUACUUCUACCAAUCCAUAAUGACUUCUCCAUCAUCAAGUGGCCGUACUCAAACAUUCUCCUCGUACGCGACGCCAUCACCGGCUCCUUCACCUCCGACAGUGGAUGUUGCUCCAACUGUUGACAUCUCCGAAACAAGCCAAGCAUCUACGAAAGAGACAAAGAAACCAUGGACAUCUAAAGAAGUAAUACUUACUUCUGCGGAGACGGGAACAACGAUAUUCGAAACGUUAGCUCCUACGACGAUAGAGGAAUCAGGUGCAACAGCUUCGUUUGUAUCUCCUACGACGAUACAAACGUCUAGUCAGCCACGUCUAGCACCGGUGUUCAACCCAGCCCAGAUUACUGUAACUGCUGAUGAGAACGAAUCAGAAGUUGAAAUUGCGAAGGUUCAUGCAAGCUAUCCGGACGGUGGUCCUGGCACGAUUUCAUACGUAAUUCACAAAGGAGAUACAGACUUGUUUGCGGUUUCCUCCUACUCUGGUUCCGUCACCUUACUUCGACCACUUGAUGCCGAAACUGACACAUCUUAUACGCUGCAAAUUUCGACAGCUGAGGCGGCCGGCCUAGCUGUUGAUCCGACUAUGGCCCACUUUGUGACUAUUACCGUAAAUGUUGGCGAUGUGAACGAUUGGAUUCCGAACUUUGAGAGUUCUAACUAUAACUUUGUUGUACAGGAAGACACCAUGCCAGGAACUAUUAUAGGACAAGUUACCGCCUUCGAUCAGGAUAAGGAGGAUCCCAAUAAUCGAAUAAGGUAUCGUCUUGUAAGCGCUGGUGGCUUGGAACAACAUUUCUCUGUGAAUCCAGAAACUGGACUGAUUACACUAGCCCUUCAAGUGGACGAGUUCGCUGGCGAGAAGAUUACGUUACGUAUCGAAGCAUCUGACUCAGGAGUGCCGGCACAGUCCUCUAUGACCGCCGUCCUCAUAGACGUGGCAUCUACGGCUUCUAAAGUCAUUCCUAACGGUACACCAUUCUCUAGUCGACCUUCGGAAGGUGCCCUGCAAUUUAGUUUGAGAAACUACACCGCGUCUGUUUCCGAGUCAGUCCGUCCUCCGAAUCUCGUGCAGGUGCUGUCAGUGAACAAUAAGCCAUCAGACACUCGAUUUAUCGCCUGCAAUAUCGUCAGUGGAAACUAUCGAGGAGCAUUCAGUGUAACGGCUGGAAAUGACGGCAAUUGUGAAUUACGAACUCAGAUGGAACUGGACCGGGAAAGCGUCGAGAGGUACCUUCUGAAUGUUACCGUGACCGCUGGAAGUGAGACUGACUUUGCGCUUGUCUCGGUUACGGUAUUGGAUGUGAACGAUAACGUGCCCCGUUUCAUUUACGAUAACGAUCUCGGCCUGACUGCAUACUUUGCGGGCGUAUCCUCAACCGCUGGAGCUUUUACUAGAGUCCUUACCGUCAAGGCAGAAGAUGCUGAUCUUGGGAAUAGCAGUGUAGUUAACUAUGCUCUUGACCCGCUUUCUUUACAUUCAAAAUAUUUCACCGUGAGUCCGUCUGGAGAAAUUAGCACCAAACAAAGCAUGUCUCAACUACUUCAAAAGAGUCGUAUUAGCUACUUUGAACUGAGGGUGUCCGCCUGCGAUUCUCCCAUCGCUGGACAACAGUUAUGCUCGAAAGCAGAUGUUGUGAUUAAUGUUAUCACAGAAUCUCAUAGAUUCCGGAUGAUAACGAGUGGUUUGAACCCACAACAACUGAGAGCGCAUGAGAAGGACAUGAUCAAGACGGUACGACAGUUCACUGGCGCAUGCACUUUGCUCAGCAUUGAAAGUAUGGUCGAGCAAUCAUCGUCGGACAAUCAGGCUCGAACAGAUAUUUACUGGUACGCCGUGAAUCCAAGCACAAAGAAAAUCUGCAAAAAGCAUGAAUAUAGAAAAUUAUUCGAAACAUCAUCGGUCGCGAUGGUUGCUGGUAAGGUGCAGCCAUGGUUCCGGCUUGAGAAGAUCGUGGAGGACGUGGUUGAAGAUAGUGAUACCACUGGUGGUAUGUUACCAAGUAACUGGAAGACGGCUAGUAUAAUGUUAAUCGGUCUAGCUAUUCUUAUUGCUAUCGGAGCCGUAAUAGGAAUAUGUGCUGUUUGUGUGUUCUGGAACCGAUACAGGGUCUCACAACGAAAUGUCCAUUCGUUUAAUCCUCAUGGAUAUCCACAAAAAUUGGGUGCUGUAUUCCUGCCAAAUGCUCCGAAUGAUCCCCGUCUUGACAAGAUCUAUGAAACACAGAUGUUGGAAAUGCCAAUUUCUGACGAAGAUAUGACGAUGAAAAGUAGUUCUGAAGGCGGUCGUGGUCUAGGAUAUGGUAAUUACAGAAGGCAAGGAAGUGUUGCAUAUGAAGGGGACUUCAGCAUCGAGGAGAAUAUGUAUGCGUUAAAUGUUCCUGGUAGAGUGGAUCCAGUAACAAAGAGGAUACAAAGUCUCGUGAUUCCCGCACCCGACUACCCGGCGUCCCACCACCGUUCGAAACAUAACAAAAGCCUCUUGUAG